GCUCAGCUAGCGGAGACCCAGGAGAUCCGAACUCAGGCUGACCCGGAGAAAUGCACUACCUGCUGCGAGGGCCGCCGGGCCGCCGGGAGCUGCUCACGGCUCUAUGGGGGUGCAGGUCCUUGAAGCUGGUCUGUGCUUUCCUCCCGCACCAGGAGCUCCACAUGGCUGCGAGUCAGCACUGGGCUCGGAGCGGUGCCCAGCACCUGUGGCUCACCCGGCAGCGGAAGGACCCGUUUGUGAAGGCUGCGAAAGUGGAGAGUUACCGGUGUCGAAGUGCCUUCAAACUUCUGGAGAUGGACGACAAGCACCGGCUGCUCCAGCCUGGCCUCUGUGUGCUGGACUGUGGGGCUGCCCCAGGGGCCUGGAGUCAAGUGGCUGUGCAGAGAGUCAACGCUGCUGCUUCAGAUCCCAACGCUCCUGUUGGCUUCGUGCUUGGCGUAGAUCUUCUUCACAUCUCCCCUCUGGAAGGUGCCACUUUCCUGUGCCCAGCUGAUGUCACUGAUCCACGUGUCUUCCCAAGAAUCCAGGAGCUGCUUCCAGGAGGGAGAGCAGAUGUGAUACUGAGUGAUAUGGCCCCCAAUGCCUCCGGGAUCCGGGACUUGGAUCAUGACAAGCUCAUUAGUCUGUGCCUAUCCCUCUUGACCCUGGCUCGGGAACUGCUGCAACCUGGGGGUACAUUCCUUUGUAAAAUCUGGGCCGGCAGGCAGAGUGACCACUUACAGAGGAGGCUGGCAGAGGACUUCCAAAGGACCAGGACCCUAAAGCCUGAGGCCAGCAGGAAAGAGUCAUCAGAGGUAUACCUCCUGGCCACCCAGUACCGAAGAGGAAGGGGGCCAACGGUGGACUGAGCUUUCUUCCUUUCAUUUCAGGCCCCUUUUCUCGCAAAUGUCACCUUACCUCUCUUCUGGAAGUGGCUGGCAUUAUUCAGCUGUACUUAAGGAAUGCACCAGGUGGUACAUACAAGGAGCCUUUGUAUUAAAGCAAAGAUCUGUGACAAGGAUGUCCAAUAGCUGUGACGUUUGAUCAGAAAUGCUCCACACCUCUGUGAGGGGAAAGUUUUCUGAAGGCGAUAGAAGAUAGGAAACAGAGGGAGAAUAGAGUAGAAGGUGGUGGCAGAGGGUACUCACUCAUUAUGAUGCCGUUCUCCACCCCACUUCUCCAAGAACACAAGCUCCUAUCCUUAGUUUAGCAGUAGGGUAAGGUAAGAAGGUCUGAAAUUCCCUCCUGGGCUUUCGUUUUCACCUGACAAAUGCAUUUUCUGAAACUGCAGUAUUUAAUGCUGUUA